AUUGCGUCAAACUGUUCGACGCGUUCGCUCGAGCCAGAAGAGUAUAUAAAGGGCCUCCCCCAGUCGCUUCCCUCCCUUCCUCCUUCCACGACGUCCAUCUACCAGUUUUUGAAAUCGCUUGUCUUCUGACAUAGCUUCUUCUAUCCUUGGUCAAGGUCUUCAUCCUUUAUCCUUCCUUCAUCCUUCUUCCAUCCUUCCUUCAUCAAUCUUUCAUCCAAAAUCAUCGCGCAGCUUCUUUCUCUGAAAGUACUUCGCGCCAAAAUGACUCCUCAGUCGUUCGCCAUGUCCAGAAAGGACAGUGGUAACCCCAUCGAAGACCACAAGAUCUUCCAGAGCGCUGCUCCCAGUGCUCAGUUUACUCCAUCCAAGCAAUUCUCAAGCACUAUGUCUCCUUUCGGAUCAGUGUUUACUCCCACCAAGGCCUUUGGCACCUCCCAAGCCAGCAACAGCUCUCCCUUCAACAGCUUCUACACGCCUGGUCAAGGCAGUGCUAUGAAGAUGCUGAACCUUGGCUCGACUCCGGACGGUCCUUCCACCAAGUCCUCGUUCUCUUCCGUCAAGCCUAUCGGCUCCUGUGUCUCGUCGCCUUCUCGUCAUUCCUCUCUCAUGAGUGGCCCAGGAUUCAGCACCGAUGCUGACCCUAACCUUGUCGAGACUCGCUUCGUGCGCUUCGGUAUGCUUCCUGGCGAGUGGACUCAGGAGAUCCUUAAUGAAGUCCUCUCGGAUGCUGGCCUUGAACAUCUGGUCGACAAUGCCGUCACUGCUGAGGGUGACACUCCUUACACCUUCAGCCUCUACUGUCGCUUCGACGACCUUCGUGCAGCUUCAAGCUCGAAGAUCAUGUUCGAGAGUGUUUUCCGAACUGUCUCGUUCAGGUUUGUUGAUCACCACGAGUACUUUGCUAUCGACCGCCGUCACCCUCGCGCACAGUCAGUCUCAGCCUACGAUGGCCAGGUCGUGUUCACCGCCAUGCCUAUGAGCAUGAUGGACUUCAACCUCUCGGCCAUUCAUUCUGAGGUCUACACCCUGGCUGAAGCUUUUGGCAACGUACGCAUGUUCUCGUACGUCGAGCCCGACGGUUUCGAGGCCCCUCGUUUCCGUGCCGAAUACUUCUCAGUCAAGUCUGCCGAAACCGCAGUCAGCGUCUCUGUUCAGAAUGAGGCUCCCUACACUUGCGAGUCCGUCACAGUCUCUGUCAAGCAGUAUGAGCCUCCUGGUUACGUCCGCUACGCCCAUCCCGCUGCCCAGGGCGGAAUUGCUCAACUUGAGGCUGCAACUCAAGCUCUUGAACUCUACGACGACUUUGAUGAUCGUCUCGAGAACAAAAACAACUACUACAACCCUCGCUCGCACAAAGACGAGUACGCCCCUCGCUCGCAUGGUAACCAUGGAGCCCAUCGCAGUCGUGGUGGUCGCGGUAGCUACCGCGGUCGUCCCAGCGAUGCCCCCCAGCGCGCCUGGUGGGUUCCUUCUGACGAUUCUAUCGUCCAUCAGACAGAUGUUGAGUUUUGGCGUUUCAACCAGCCUCAGACUGUCAACUUGUUGAAGAUCCACGACGGCAUCGACGUUCGCACAACUAUUAUGUUGCGCAACGUACCCAACCGCGUACAGUUCGAAGACCUCAAGAUGUGGCUGGACGAGACCUCGGCCGGUCAUUAUGACUUCUCGUACCUGCGCAUCGACUUCUCAAACAACUUCAACGUUGGUUACGCAUUUGUGAACUUCUGCAAGCCUGAGUACAUCACCAACUUCGUACAGAAGCGCGUUGGUCACCCUUGGAGCAUGUACGGCUCGCUGAAGAAGUGCGAAGUCUCCUACGCCACAAUCCAAGGCAUUGACUGCCUUUUGGCCAAGUUCCGCAACUCAGUCGUCAUGGAGGAGACUCCCGCAUUCCGUCCCAAGCUUUGGUACAACAUCGAGUCCACCGACCUGCCCAUCGACGAAGAGACCGGCCUCCCUGAUUACCGUGCUAUCGGUACCGAGGCCCCCUUCCCUCCUCCCAACAACGAGCAGAAGCGUAAGCGUUCCAGAGACAACGCUGGCACAAUCGGCCUCUUCCCUCCUCGCCGCGGUAAGGGUCCUUACGGUCCCGACGCUCAUCAUCGCGAGGGCCAGUACGACCGUGGAACCUCCUUCGCUAUUGAGGAGGAGCGCCAGUUCGAAGAACAGCGCCAGGUUCGUUUCAACGAACGUCGUCAGCUUGGCCACCGUGGUCAGGGUCGUCACCAGUAUCCCGCUCAUCGCGACGAUGCUCAGGGUCACCCUGCCCGUCGCGGCGGUGGUGGUUACCAGCAGCGUCCCGCUCGUCGCAUUGGCGGUGCCCCCCAGGAGGACUCUCACGACCCUACUCGUAACGACUAUGAGGAAGACGACUUCUUCGACGAGAACGAUGCGUACUUCCACGAGAACCGUGGCAGCCGCUACCGUCGUGGUCACUACCGUCAAUAAACCCUCCAUGGGCUGACGUGGUUCUCGGUCAUUGAGCACAGAGAAAAUUGGAAGCAGUGGACAGCUUGGAAGCUGUUCAUUCCGCAACCUCAUCACGACUAACGACAAACUUUCUUCUCUUGUCAUUAGUUGGCACUGUUUGAGGAAGAGCAAAUAC